UGCUCGUGAUUUGGCUACGAAAAACUGGAUGUUGUGUCUCACUGUAAAGGCAUCGCUGCAUGCCGUCUGCACAUGGUGAAAUCAGCAUUUUAUGGCCACAACAAAGGGCAUUAUAAUUGAUCAAAACCAACGUGCUUAGGCCGCAGGAAGAAAUCAAAACAAGCCUUUUUCUGCACGGAAACGACUGGCCUCCAAGAAAGGACAUUUCUUUGUUUGGAUAUGUUUAGCCGUCGGUGGAUUUUCCCAGCCGUUUCUAUGCGAACGCGAGAUCAGUAGCCUAAGUUGCGCCUGACAAAAAUAUCCCUUGGAAACUGCAAGUCUGUCAAGCCACAAUCAAACAGUCCUCACGGAAUUUAAUGUACUCGGCUUUUUACGUAGUCUUUUGUUUUCCUUUCUUUCUGGUCUCCCACAACACUGACCAAGCCGGGUUGUAAGCCCUCUCGCGCUGGCCUGGAAGAGGGCUUGAGAAGCGAAAGGGAGGACGGAGAAAGGCACUGGUACGCUAGCCCCAAUUCCUGCUUCUGCCUUCGCAUCUUCAUGUCUCCUCUAUUAACUCUUAUUAGUACCCUCUAAUAUGGGCAAAACAUACAAGCAGUUUUCUUGACCUGAAAGGAUGAUUGAAACAUCAGAACUAAAAUCUCAAUUGUAAAUCAAAUACAGGCCCCUGACAUCAAUAUUUUAUGGACACGUUUUAAAGAGUCUGCCUCUGUCAACCUUUGGGGCAUGGCAAGAUGAAUGCCUGUGUGCAAUGAUGAUGGCUAAAAAGCAAGAAUCCCGAAUGCCUAUCUACAACCUCGUUGUUGUUGGCCUGUCGGGGACUGAGAAGGAGAAAGGGCAAUGUGGAGUUGGUAAAUCAUGCCUUAGUAACCGCUUUGUCCGUCCUAGUGCGGACGACUUCCAUCUUGAUCACACUUCUGUGCUAAGUACCAGUGACUUUGGUGGCCGGGUUGUCAACAAUGACCAUUUCCUGUUCUGGGGAGAGGUGGGGAGAGUUUUGGAAGAUGGUGCAGACUGCAGGAUGCAUGUGGUUGAGCAGACCGAAUUCAUUGAUGACCAGACGUUCCAGCCCCAUCGCAGCACAGCCUUACAACCCUACAUCAAAAGAGCUGCCUCCACCAAACUGGCUUCUGCUGAAAAACUCAUGUACUUCUGCACUGAUCAGUUGGGACUCGAGCAAGACUUCGAACAGAAGCAAAUGCCCGAAGGCAAAUUGCAGGUGGAUGGCUUUCUCCUUUGUGUUGAUGUCAGUCGUGGUAUGAACCGCAACUUUGAUGAUCAAAUGAAAUUUGUCACCAACUUGUACAAUCACUUAAGCAAGACAAAAAAGCCUAUUGUGCUAGUUCUCACUAAGUGUGAUGAGGGUGUGGAGCGAUACAUCAAGGACUCUCAUACCUUUGCCAUUACAAAAAAGAACCUGCAGGUUGUUGAGACGUCGGCACGGUCCAGUGUCAAUGUUGACUUGGCUUUCCUUACCUUGAUACAGCUCAUUGAUAAGGGAAAAGGUAAGCCCAAGAUCAUACCUUACUUUGAGGCAUUGAAACACCAGAGUCAACUAAUUGCUUCUGCAAAAGACCGCUAUGAGUGGUUAGUAAACCACAUUGUGAAGAAUCACAAUGAAACAUGGCCCAAUAUUAGCCGACGAAUGCAGACUUCACCUGAAUACAAGGAGUAUGUAUUUUUAGAAGGUACGGGUAAGGCUAAGAAGCUGUUUCAACAGCAUAUUCACCGGCUAAAACAGGAACACAUUGAAAGGCGUCGUAAAGCAUACUUGAGUGCUCUUCCACUCGCCUUGAGUAGCUUAGCUUCUGAGUUGGAUGAAAUUGAGCAUUUGAGCUGGUCUGGGGUCCAGAAGGUCCUUGAAUCUAAAAAAGACUUUGAUCAUUGGUUUGUGGUACUGGACGAUGCACCAUGGGAGGACACGCCGCAUCUUGACAAUAUGGAGGAUGAGCGUAUCCCCUUUGAUGUUCUAGACACCACGGCUGCUGAAAUAAUCUUUGAUGCACACCUUGAACACUUGCGCAAUGAAUGCAAGCGUGCCCAGAUGCGUCAUGAGUUCAAAGCAAAAUUAGCAUCUUCACCUUUCAUUACCCCUGGCAAACCUUGGGAGGAGGCCCGAAGCUUCAUCAUGAAUGAAGACUUCUACCAGUGGCUUGAGGAGCCAGAAUAUUUGGACAUUUAUAACCGGCAUCAGAAAGCAAUCAUAGACAGGGCAAAAGAGGAUUUUCAGGAGCUUCUGCUGGAGUACUCUGAGCUCUUCUAUGAGCUUGAGGUAGAUGCCAAACCUAGUAAAGAAAAGAUGGGAGCAAUUCAAGAAGUGUUAGGUGAAGAACAACGCUUCAAGGCCCUUCAGAAAUUACAAGCUGAAAGGGAUGCUUUAGUGCUGAAACACAUCCAUUUUGUGUAUCACCCUACGAAGGAAACAUGUCCGAACUGCCCACACUGUGUUGACAACAAAAUUGAGCAAAUACUAGCUUCGUGCUUUCCUGCACAAUACCCUUCUUUUGGAAAGUCCAAUAUUUUUGAUGGAAAGGUAGAUAGGAUCAAUCUUGUUAUACUGGGCAAAGAUAGUCUUGCUAGAGAAUUAGUCAAUGAGAUUCGGGCAUUGUGUACCAAUGAUGAUCAUUAUAUGCUUGAAGGUAGAAUGUAUGAGCUUGUCCUUCGGCCCAUUGAGGGUAAUGUUAGACUUCCUGUUAAUUCAUUUAAUACAUCCACAUUUACUCCCCACGGAUGCCUGUGUCUGUACAAUUCAAAAGAGUCCUUGUCAUAUGUUGUAGAAAGUAUUGAGAAGUUGCGAGAGUCCACGCUUGGCAGAAGGGACAACCAUAUGGCUCCGCUUCCCCUGUCACUCUUAUUAGUAACCAAAAGAGGUGUUGGAGGACUGGGUGACAUUGGUGGUGAGACUGCUCAAGCAUUAAUCUCACAAGGUCAGCAGGUAGCCAUAAAACUACAGUGUAACUACCUGGAACCUGCCUCCCCUGGCACUGGCUAUGGGCGAAAUGUGAAUGAAAAGCAGAUCAAUCAGGUCUUGAAGGUUCUACUUGAAACAAGGAGGACUUCUACAUUUCGUAGCUGUUCUCCACCUGCACCUCCACUGCCUCCAUGUAUUCGAGAGUUACAGCAGGAUCAGAGUCCAGAGGCUGAAUUGCGUAUUGUCAUGUGCCUAAUGUGUGGAGACUCCUAUGACAUUGAUCAAAUUCUUGCACCAUUCCUGCUUCCACAGCAUUGCAAGCCGACCUCUCCUCAGACAAGUGGCACUUCAGUGCUGCUAGAACAAACAAUUAGUGGUCAUAAGCAUACAAUUGAACUGUCUCUAAUGUCAUACCACGCUUCUUUUGCCACUCGUAAGAGUCGGCUGGUGCAUGGCUACAUCGCUGUAUACUCUGCUAGCCGCAAGGCUUCUUUUGAAACCCUGUGUGCCUUUUUGUGUGAGGUUCAGGACAUUGUCCCAGUUCAGCUGCUUGCAGUGGAGGAAACCCAGACUGAGCUUCUGGAUUCUGAGACUGCUCAUGGGUUGUUAGUCCAAGGUGAAGAACUGGCCCGUGAACUUGAGGGACGGUUUUGCAGUAUUGUCUGUGGCCCUGGAGGAGUUGUUGGAGGACUACAAAAACUAGACCUGUUGGAACAAUUUUUCACAGAGGUAUUAGAAAAGAGAACUAUUGUUGAGGCCAGCCAUAUGUAUGAAAACGUUGCAGAAGCCAGUAGCACAAAUGAGAAUGUGUAUUCACCACACUGUGGCUCCCCAAGCCCUGUCACAAUGCUGUUAGAUUCUGAGGAAGACAUGGAAGCUUCCCCGCCUUACCAUGAUGGAACACUCACCUCUCAUGGUGGAUUCAAACUGCCUGACCUGGACUCAGGUGACACAUUCUCUGUGAUCUCUGACCUUAGCACCUUUGAGAACAAGCUAAAUAAUAAAGUUCCUCCUCAAGUAAGACCCAAACCAAGUGUCACAUUUGACCUUAGAAAAUCAAAUUUUAAUCCGUACGUGGAUGCAGUCAGCCAUCGGCGUUCCCUUACAUCCAAUGUGACGUGGCCUCUAGGAGGAGAUUAUGAUCCUUCUGACUAUGCUGAGCCAAUGGAUGCUGUCUCUAAACCACGCCCCAGCUAUGAGGAUAGCAUAUAUUCUGUGCCACAUGACAGCACACAGGGCAAAAUUAUUACCAUCCGCAAUUCCAAUCGGAUCCACUCUAAUGGAGGAGGCAAUGGUUCAGACAGUGAAGGGGAUGGCAGCUCAUUGGAGAGACGUCGCAAGUUCUCUGCAGCAAGGGUGAAGCCACGGCUGUACCGUGAUCGUUCCAAACGUCUGGGGAAGUUCAGCAGUUUCCGCACUAGUUUUUCCAUUGGUAGUGAUGAUGAGAUUGGCACACUCUCAAGGUCAAAAGAUGAUGAUGUUUCAGGGCUGAAGGCCAAUGAAGAAGGAGAAGAUCCCAAAAAGAGGAACAUACUGAAAAGUCUUCGCCGACCAGGCAAAAAAACAAGACCAAAGCCUCGUCAUUCUAUCUCUAAGCCUUUGGAGAGUAACUACUUUGGGGUGCCUCUGGUGAAUGUGGUUUCCCUUGAACGACUUAUUCCAGUUUUCAUUGACAAGUGUAUUCGUUACAUUGAAGCCACAGGUUUGACAACAGAGGGUAUCUACAGGGUAAGUGGGAAUAAAGCGGAGAUAGAGAGCAUGCAGAGGCAGUUUGAACAGGGUAAGUUCAGAAGGAAUGCAAUAAAAUUGUUGUGGGUACAGUAUGAUGGUGGUUGCCUUAUGGUGUUAAGGCAUGUAUUGUUACAUAUAAUAUGUAUAAGUGCAUGUCGACAGUUAGGGGUGGGUGAUGUACCGGUAGACACGAUUAACCGGUAG